GUCACAGAUGAGACACAAAGGAGAAGGGAGAUGACUUGGGUUGCCAGAAGUUGGCGGUAUCCUGGGCAAAGAAAUUUCCUAGGAUCUAUCAGAGUGGAGAUCAAGGCAAGGCAGAGGAAUAAAUAUAUAUUCAUAGGAUCAAACAGCAGGAAGCCUCAAAGCAGUAGACCUCUUGUUAUUUAGUACUUAACGAAUUGCCUUAUUAUCGCAGUUGAUGUCACCCUCGAUGCUGACACAGCUCAUCCUAGACUGCAAGUGUCUGAAGAUGGGAAGAGUGUAACAGACACUGGUGUGAUGAGAAAGGUGCCCAGCAAGGAGGAGAGAUUUGAUUCCCACACUUUUCUGUUGGCGAAGGAAGGUUACACAGCGGGGAGACAUUAUUGGGAAGUGGAUGUUGGAAAGAAGCGCAACUGGAACUUGGGUGUUGCCCAGGAGACUGUGACCCGGAAAGAGACAGUGGCUCUGUCCCCAGAGAAUGGUUUCUGGGUCAUAGGGUUAGCAGAUGGGCAAGAGUAUUGGGCCCACUCAGAUCCCUGGACCCGUUUGACAGUGAGUGGUAGACCACAGAAGAUUGGGAUCUUCCUGGACAUCUCAUCCAAGAAGUUAUCAUUCUUCAGUGUUCGUCAGAAAAAAUUGGUGUACACUUUUAGCUUUGUUCAUCAUCACAUCCAGAAUGUGAAGCUUUUUCCUUUCUUCUCAACAGGUUCAGCUACAACCAGUUCUGACACUGAGCCUCUAAGAAUUGCAUGGGGGUUUGAUGAUGAUGACAAGUGAAUGGUUGAAGUGAAAAUGCGCGGUUAAUUAAUGACUAAAGUCUAGAGUCUGAUGUCAGAGUACACUGUAUUCAGCCCCAUGCUUUGUGCCACCAAGUUGAAACAUAAAAUUCUUCCACCAUUGCUUGCUAAGUCUUCUGUGAACUAUUUCUGCAGGAAAACUCUGAUGUCAGGCUGCUGGUCAAUACGUAGA